AUGGGAGACAAAGUUAUUCUAACUGAAGUGCUUGAAGCCUCUCACCUGACUGAUACCUAUUCGAAUUUGACUGCCAAGAGCAUCAUCAAGCAGUAAGUUUUUAAAAAAAAUUAAAAACUAUUUUUGAAAUUAUACCAUUUCUUAUAUUAUUCAUGUUCCUUUUUUUCGUUCUUUUUUCAGUUUGAAAGGACUUGUUUACUGUCUAGUAUCUUUUCAGUAUUACGAAAAUGCCGUUAUUUUGUAGCCAUUUGAAUAGUAAAUUGGAUACGUUGUUAUUUAUACACUGUACUAUAGUUAACGGCGCAUUACAAAGUGUUUUCACGGUACAGGCGCAAGUGUUUGCACUGUGCAGGCGCAAAUUUUUGCACGGUGCAGGCGCAAAUUGCGUUUCUUUUUUAAUUGAUCAUGUUACAGUAAUUCAAUCAAAAAGGUGUCAAUUACAAAAAUGUUUGGCAUAGUUUAUAGUGUUGUUUUGCAAAAGUUAAAGAUUUUUAAAAAUUUUUAGUUUCGAAAUUAUGAAAAAAUUGAAAUUUUUAACGGCUGAAUUUUGAAUUCGCUAUGUUACAGUAAUCUAACCAAAAAUUCGUCAAUUACAAAAAUGAACGGAAUGAUAAAAAACGUAGAUUCAAAAGUUUUUGCGCUUUUCUGUCAUCAAGUUUUGUCAUAUAAUUUUUUUUUCUUGUCUUACUUCACCAAUUUUCAGACUCCGAACCGGCGGAGACGAACCAGGCCAGUCCGUUCGCUAUGAAGGCCUUGAUGGUGAUAUGCUGGAGAUCCGAGAGCCGGAAGAUGCGCAGGAAGCAGAGUCGUCCAACAUUCAAAAUGAUUCGUUUACCAUCGACGAAGCGGUUGAAUUCUUGGGUUUUGGCAAGUUCCAACUGACCUUGUCUUUCUUGACUGGGUUGGCGUGGAUGGCGGACGCUAUGGAGAUGAUGAUUCUGUCGAUCUUGGCACCGGCUUUGUAUUGUGAAUGGCAAAUUUCGGCGGUUGAACAGGCCAUGAUCACGACUUGUGUGUUCAGUGGAAUGAUGUUGUCAUCGACGGUUUGGGGCAAGAUUUGCGACCGGUUUGGGAGGCGGACUGUGAGUUUGUUUCUUUCUUGAUAAAAUUUUUGUUUAAGAAUUCAAAAAUAUUUGAAAAAAUUUUAAAAAUUAUUUUUUAGGGUUUGAUGUGUUCAGCCUUGCUGACCUUUUCAAUGGGAGCUUUGAGCUCAGUAGCUCCCAACUUCCACACACUUUUGUUUUUCCGUGGACUGACUGGAAUUGGCAUUGGUGGAGUUCCACAGUCGUAAGUUUUUUUUUAAUUUUGGUUUUAAAUUAAAAAAAAGCAUUUUUAAUUUUUUAAGGCAGAGUAAGACAAGGUAAGAUAAGAUAAAGCAGAAUAGUAGUGCAGAGUAGAGCAAGCCCAGAGAUAUGGCAGGUUCAAUGAAGUAUGUUAGGAUAGAAUAGGGUAGGGUAGAGUAGGGUAGGGUAGGGUAGGGUAGGGCAGGGUAGGGUAGGGUAGGGUAGGGUAGGGUAGGGCAGGGCAGGGUAGGGUAGGGUAGGGUAGGGUAGGGUAGGGUAGGGUAGGGUAGGGUACGGUACGGUACGGUACGGUACGGUAGAGUAGGGUAGUGUAGGGUAGUGUAGGGUAGGGUAGGGUAGAGUAGGGUAGGGUAGGGUAGGGUAGGGUAGGGUAGGGUAGGGUAGGGUAGGGUAGGGUAGGGUAGGGCAGGGGUAGGGUAGGGUAGGGUAGGGUAGGGUAGGGUAGGGUAGGGUAGGGUAGGGUAGGGUAGGGUAGGGUAGGGUAGGGUACGGUACGGUACGGUACGGUACGGUACGGUACGGUAGAGUAGGGUAGUGUAGGGUAGGGUAGAGUAGGGUAGGGUAGGGUAGGGCAGGGUAGGGUAGGGCAGGGCAGGGCAGGGUAGGGUAGGGUAGGGUAGGGUAGGGUAGGGUAGGGUAGGGUAGGGUAGGGUACGGUACGGUACGGUAGAGUAGGGCAGUGUAGGGUAGGGUAGGGUAAGGUAAGUUAACUCUUAAUAGGGCAGAUUUUAAAUUUUUCAGUGUAACUCUGUACGCCGAGUUUUUGCCGUUAGCACAACGUGCCAAAUGCGUCGUUCUGAUCGAGUCGUUUUGGGCAGUUGGAGCUGCAUUCGAAGCCAUUUUGGCACUAUUUAUCAUGCAAACCUUGGGCUGGAGAUGGUUGUUGUUGUUCAGCUCGUUGCCAUUGCUUUUCUUCGCCAUUUGUUGUUUUGUGAGUUUUUAAAUUUGAAAAAAUUUCGAAAUUAAAAAAAUUUUUUUUUUAAUUUUUAAAAAUUUUCAAAAAUUUUAAAAUUUUGAGUUUUUUAUAUUAUAAUAUCAAUUUUAAUGUUGUUGUUUUGGUUUCAGUGGCUUCCUGAAAGCGCACGAUAUUUAAUGGCCUCAGGCAAAACGGAAGAAGCUUAUCAGAUUCUGGCCAAAGUCGCCAAACACAACGGAAAAAUGUUGCCGGCGGGGAAGCUGGUCGAGAACGUCAAUCAUAAUGUAAGUGGAUGAUGAGGGGGUUAUAAAUUUGAGUAUGAGAUGCUAAGGGUAAUUUUGGAAAUGGCAUUUGGCUUUAAAAGAUUUAAAAAUUAGGUUUAAAAUUGAAAAAAGUAGGUAAGGUCAUAUCUAAUCUGGCUUUAGCUUGCCCUGCCUUGUCUUGUCCUUGUCUUGCCUUGUCUUGUCUUGCCUUGCCUUGCCUUGCCUUGCCUUGCCUUGCCUUGCCUUGCCUUGCCUUGCCUUGCCUUGGCUGGGCUGGGCUGGGCUGGGGGGCUGGGCUGGGCUGGGCUUGGCUUGGCUUGGAUUGCCUUGGCUUGGUUAGGCUUGUCCCGCUUUGGUUUGGCUUGGUUUGGCUUCGCUCGGCUUGGCUUGGUUUGGCUUAGUUUGCAUUGCCUUCUCUCUGUCUGGUCUCUGCUUUGCUUCUGCCCUGCCCUGCUCUAUUCUUUCUACUCACUCUACCCUAUCUUAUUCUACCCUAUCGUACGCUACCCUACCCUACCUUACUCUAUCCUCACUACAGCCUAGCUUAACAUUUUCUAAAACUUCCCUUUCCAGCCAGCCCACCGUGGUAACAUAGCCAAUCUUUUCGUUGACGAACUCUUCAAAACCACCAUUCUACUAUGGUUUAUAUGGGCAGUGAAUGCCUUCAGUUACUACGGCGUUGUCCUUUUCACCACCGUUCUAUUUCAAUCGACCGACGAGUGUCACGGUGGUGGGACGAUGAAUGCGACCACGGUGGCUGAGAUUGGUUGUCGGCCGUUGACUCAAAAGGAUUAUAUUGAUCUGUUGUCUACUACAAUGUCCGAGUUCCCUGGACUGAUCAUCACGGCCGUCAUUAUCGAGAGUUUGGGCCGAAAGAAGACGAUGGCUGUGGAGUUUGGGGUGUACAGUGUGUUCAUGUUUCUACUGUUCUUCUGUUGGGAACGGUAGGCAUUUUUCAGUUUUUUGCCAUUUAGGAUGACGUAUUUUCUAUAAAUAAAAAAAAAUUUUUAGCCACUGGGUCACAGCCUUCAUUUUCAUUGCCCGAGCCUUUAUCUCCGGCGCUUUUCAAUGUGUCUACGUCUACACUCCAGAAGUCUACCCCACCACGCUACGAGCCAUUGGCUUGGGAGCGUCGAGCUCCAUGGCUCGGUUAGGCGCAAUUAUAACACCAUUUGUGGCACAGGUGGCAUCUGGACAUUCGCUUUACAUUCCGAUCGCUAUCUAUUCCAGCACCGCCUUAUUGGGGGUAAUCGCCGCUAUGGCACUGCCAAUUGAGACUAAGGGACGAAAAAUGCAGGUGAGCAUUCUGACCUAAUCGAUACUACUUUGCAUUAACCUACUCUACCGUACCGUAUCCUACCCUACCCUAUCCUACCAUGCUGUUAGCCCUACUUUACCCUACCCUACCAUGCUGUUAGCCCUAUCCCUAGCUCUACCACUACUCCUAUUCUUACCAGUCAAACUUUAUCAUAGCCAAGCCCUAUCCAAAUCUAGUCAUACUCUAGUCAUGUCCUAGAAUUUUCUUAACCGUGCUCUUCCUUUAACCCUGUUUUAGCCAACUCAUGCAAUUAAUUUUACAAAAAAACAUUACCAUCGAAAAAAGGAAAAAUCGACCGUAAUUUAGGGGGGGGGGCAUUACCUAAUUUUAAUAAUAUAACUAGAUAGCCUUAGAGAAAUUGCAAGAAGUGGUAUUGCGCAACGUUUUCUUAUGUAAUAUUUUUUAAUUUUAUAAUAUUUGCCUCGAUGUAAAACGACCCAACAAAUGACUGCGAGUGCUGGGAUCUUGCUCUGUUUCUGCGAUGGAUUACUCUACCCUACUCUAUUCGACCCUAUCUUAACGUUACCUUCAUACUUCUCUAUCUGUACUCACACCUGCUACCUAGACCUUUAAAAUAACUUGGUUUUUUACCGUGCCAUUCUUACCCUACUAUUCCUACCCUACCCUAUCCAAAUUCGAAGUCUUACUUCAAACCAUAAAAAUUUCAAUUCCAGGACAGUUAA